AUGGCGGAGAAAAGGAUGACUUCUCAAAGCGUCCUGCCAAGAUACCUCGGAUCAGACUUGCCUGCCUCAGAUGCCAAACCAGGAAGAUCAAGGCAAGUCGCCCCCAUUUAUUCACCCACCACAACUCGGACCUAUGGCAGCUUCUUGGAUCUUACCUAUCUCAUGUUGGAGUUCUCUUCAUCCACCGACUAUCUCGUUGUUGAAGCCGCCACUCUGCAUGACCGUAUCCGCUAUCUCGAGGACUUUAUCCAAGACCAGUGUCCUGGCAUGACUCUGCAAGGUCUAUCUGGUCUUCAAAGCGCUACAGCCCUGAGGCGACCAAGGAACGACAGUGGGCACCAUCCUGAACGAGCCAAGCUCCCAAGAACAGGAGUGUCCAAUGCAAUCUCGAACCCCAUCAUAGACAAUGAUCAUGAAUGUCUUCUAAGUCCGGACAUGAACAGGACCUCGCCAGCAGCAGCGAUUGAACCUAGAACGGCUGACGACCUUGCCCCCGGCACGACACACAAUGCAGAACGCGAAAUUGCACACGAAAUAGGACUGAUACCCCUUUCUGCCGGAGUCAGCAAGUAUGUCGGCCCUUCGAGCGGGUUCUCCGUUGCCAGACUGGUAUUUGCUCAAGCAGAAAAGGCUAGUCCGGGUAUUAUUCAAGGCAUCGAUAGUCACGGAGCACGGAAGUCAACGACGCCGCGGUUCAAGUUCGUUGUUGAUGCUACCGACCUCCCGAAAUCACUUGAUCAGACUUUAAAUUUGUCAAGGACAUACUUUGAGCAUGUGCACAAUCUAUACCCAUUCCUUCAUGAGCCCAGUCACUAUCAGCUCAUCAAAGACAUAUACCGUGAUAUCGACCACAGCUCGCCAGUCGAUAAGUUUCAGGUGACAAUGGUCCUGGCAAUAUCAUCCAUUAUCUUGUGCAAAAGAGCCCCAAUCACAUACACAGGGGAAGGUCUGAGCAAGACGGCCAUGAGAUACGUCGAUCAGAUCGACUUUCAAAGUUCAGUCAAAGGUGUUCAGUGCCUCCUUUUGAUCGCAAUAUUCACGUUGUAUAGUCCAUUCCUUGGUAUUAACCCAUGGUAUCUGAACUAUCAGUCUCUCGCGGUGGUACUUGACCUUGGAUUGCAGCGGGACGUAUCGGUCAGCGAAUCAAUUAGCCCUUUUGAAAAAGAGAUGCGAAGCCGGGUAUUCUGGGUGAUAUAUACUAUCGAUAGGACCCUUGCUACCGCCUUGGGAAGGCCGAUUGGUCUUCGCGAUGAGGCUUGUGAUUUGAGGCUCCCUGAUGGAACCGCGGAUGAUGAUUUCAGCUCCAGCUCCGAAUCAUUACAAAUAUCAAGAAAUUAUCCUGCGAGUUCAUCACCCGCGACUUGCUCGAUAGUCAUAUUUCGCUUGGCUCAACUGAGCUCUGAAAUCAAAUACAUUUUACACAGUGUCACUACCAACGUCCCCAGAUACACCUACCCACGAAUUCCCGAUAUCUCGCUUUGGCAAUCCGACCUCGAAGAACGACUGCACUCAUUGUACUCUGAGAUUUCCCAAUUUUCCCCAAGGUGGGGGCACUUGACCAAGGUCUGCGAAAUCAAGUACCACGAGGUGGUUAUGCUACUUUUUUUGCCCACCCCUCGCAUUCGCACUCCGACAAAGCGAGCUCUAAUGGAAUGUUACAAGAGCGCCGAACGUGUCAUCCAACUCUGGCAUGAGCUUUAUGAUUCGGACUGGAUAUCAUAUCCUUGGACUACGAUUCAUUCUCUUUGCCUGAGCUCCAUCACUAUACUGUACUCUAUCUGGAUGGUACCCGAAAUGUCAGUCUCAAUCAAGAUAGAUGACUUUACUAGCACCAUGCGAGCAUCAUCAAACGUACUAAGUGCCGCUGGUGAACACUGGGCUGAAGCACGGCGUAGUCGCAAGAGUCUCGACGGACUGAUCGCCGCUACAAUCCGUUGGCUGUUAGACCUGCGACUGAACAAGCAUUUCGAGAACAAUGGCGGAGUUGAUAUUGCCUCAUCCCAGGUGACCCAACUGCACGGAACCCAUUACCAGGCUCCUGGGAAUGUUGAAGAUCUACCCGAAUUUGAACUUCCCAUACUGGACAGUUACGUCAGCAGCGAGGAUUUUGCACUGUUUGUGGGCGCACCAGAUCCACUUUCCACGAAUUUCUCCCUCUCUAUGGAAGGCCUCUUCAAAGAUUAUCAGCCUUCUUUCGACUUCAACCUUCAGUGA